CUGAUUAGCUUCGCACUAUAUAUACCCGACACGCAAUUGCCCGAAGCCGCAGAGCCUCUCGCUCUUUCUUUCUUCCCGUCAGCCUCCUCGCGCCUUCCCGCGAAUCCCAAGCAGAGCAAGCCAGGAGAAGCAACCGCGCGAAGCAGAGAGCUAGCGCGCGCGAUCGAUCCAGCUGGUGGCCGGAGAGCUGAUGGCGGCGGCGUGGUGGUGCCCGCCGCUGCCUGCGUGGCUGUGGUUCGUCGUCGUGCACGCGGUCAUCGCCGCCGUCGCCGUCCUGUCCCGGGCACGGCCGCCGCUACCGUCGCCCCGCCGCGGCGGCGCUGGGAUCACGCGCAGGGCGUCGUCGGCGGUGCUGCAGCGCCUCCGCUCCUACUCCAUCUUCUCCUUCCCGUCCGCCGGCUUCAGCACUUCGCCGUUCCCGCAGCCUGACGCCGCCGCCCAAGAAGCAGAGGAGCCGGCGGCGGGCCGGGCCGUGGCCGUGACCAAGCGAUCGCCGCGCGCGCUCCCCCUCGAGCCAUCGCCCAAGGCGGAGCGCGUGCCGGUGGCGGAGGAUGACGAGGGUGACGGUGCGAACGGGAUGAGCAUGGACGAGGCCUACGCGCUGGCGCUGAAGGCGCGGCGGCGGCCGGAGCAGGAGAGGGAGGAGGAGGCGAGGAGGUCGGAGGUGGACGCCAAGGCGGACGAGUUCAUCCGCGGGUUCAAGGAGGACCUCCGGCAGCAGCGGCUCAACUCCAUCUUCAACUACACCCAGAUGCUCAAGCGGCGCGCGUUCGGCGGCGGAAGCCGGCAGCCGGACGCCCGGCCAGAUCAGCUGUGAUUCGCUCACGUGUUCAAUUCGUGCAGGUUGUUGGUCAACAUUUUGGAGGAGACCAACUCUGUUUUCAGUUGCUGUGUGUAUAUAAAAGAUAGGUCCCUUCCAAAUUGAAGGUCAUUUUGAAUUUUCUAAAUUCAUAGUAUUCGCUAUGUAUCUAGAUAUAGCGUAUAUCUAAGUGCAUAGCAAAAUCUAUGAAUUUAAAAAAAUCAAAACAAUCUACAAUUUGGGACAUAGGAAGUACAUUUUUUACAUAUUGUUUUCCUCUUCUCCUUUAUUUGUCUUUUUGCGCAUUUGUACAAAUGCUAAGGUUUUGUUAUUGUCACAUUCCAUUUAUUCUUUCACUGGGGUUAAUGAUAAUAUAUGUGCAAAUUGGUUAUUUAA